UUUGCCUUACGGGCGUGGUUAUGAAACAAUACUUGAAUCUGAUUGGCCGAUGGGUCAACGUCAAUUUUAAAACUUAGCUGUCAAAUCAGUCGACGGGAGCAGAAUAAGACUGCCAUGAGGACGAGUGAGUUUGACUCCUCCUCUGAAGACGAGGAUGUCAAGGAAGAACAUCUGACUCCUUUCCACAUCUCCUGGUUACCUCUGUCCAGUGUGGACUGCUCACAGUUUCUUGGGAUAUGCGCCCUACCAGGGUGCAAAUACAAAGAUCUCCGCCGGAGUCUGCAAAAAGAUGUGGAGGAGCUCCAGAACCAGGGCGUGCAGGACAUCUUUGUUUUCUGCACCAGAGGAGAACUCAACAAAUACAGGGUCCCCUCCCUGCUGGAGGUCUACCAGCAACAGGGCUUCACUGUUCAUCACAAUCCCUUCCCAGACGGAGAUGCUCCCAAACUGGAGCAGUGCUGCCAGAUCCUUGAGGAGCUGCAGGUCAGCCUCGAGAACAACAAGAGGACGCUGAUCCACUGCUACGGAGGCCUGGGACGCUCUGCUCUAAUCGCUGCCUGUUUGCUGCUUCAGUUCUCUGUGACGAUGACACCAAACAAAGCCAUAGAAAUCCUGCGGGAGCACCGUGGAGGAGGAGCCAUACAGACAGUGAAGCAAUACAACUUCCUCCAUGAGUUUCGGGAAAAGUACGCCACGUUCCGAGAGAGCACAGAAGUUUCUACGGAGCGGUCUGUGUCUCGUUGAUCGCUCUAAAAGCAGCAUCUCAAAGCAUCCUCUUUAAACUUGUCACUGAUUUCAUUGUGAUGGUGUGAUUUAUGUAAUAAUGUUCUUGCACUUUAAUUGCUAGUGAUACUCUUAAUUUGUUGCUAUUUGUUUUUGUUCUAAUUAAAUCAGACUCCAUGAGGA